AUAAUUAUGGGACGAGAAGCGAAAUGGUUUAAGUUACACAUUUGAUAAUUGAGAGUGAGACCAAAAACAUAUAACCCAAUACAACUUUUCUAUGGACUCAAACUUUGAAUCCAACUGUUAUAAAUAGUUCACUCUCCUUAGUAAAACCCUCAUUCCAUCAACUUUACCCAUUUCUCAUUUACUCUGUCUAAUCAGAAAACCCCAAUCAACAGAGCUCAAAACAGUGAGUUAAAAAUGGCAGCAGCGGCACCGCCACCGAACCCAUCUCCGGCGGCAAUACCGGAAACCAUCGUGCCCGAAACAGCUCCACCCCGUCAUCCACUCUUUGCCCGUAUCCGAUUAGCCACCAUUUUCGAUGUUCCCAACAUCCACAAGCUUAUCCACCAAAUGGCGGUGUACGAACGCCUCGCCGAUCAGUUCGCUGCCACCGAAGCCUCGCUGGCCGCCACUCUGUUCCCUUCCCAAAACCCACCUCAACCCUUCUCUUCCUUCACCGUCUUCAUCCUCGAAGUUUCGCCUAACCCUUUCGCACCCACUACUCAAGAGCAGGACCAUAAUUUUUCCCCAAUCCUCAAAACCUUCCACUUGGAGCUUCCUAUUGAAGACGCCGAGAAGGAGACUUUCCGCUCCGGGAUUGGAGGCGACGUCGUUGUGGCGGGCUUUGUUCUGUUUUUCCCUAAUUACUCCACGUUUCUGGCAAAACCCGGGUUUUACAUCGAGGAUUUGUUCGUGAGGGAGCCGUACCGGAAGAACGGGUUCGGGAGGAUGCUGUUCACGGCGGUGGCGGCGCAAGCGGCGAGGAUGGGUUACGGAAGGGUGGAGUGGGUGGUGCUGGAUUGGAACAUCAAUGCCAUCAAGUUCUACGAGCAAAUGGGUGCUACCAUUCUACCCGAUUGGAGAGUUUGUCGAUUAACCGGAGAAAAUCUUCAGGCUUUUGCUCAUCUUAACAUUUGAUCAAUUCGGAUUAUGUCCCCCAAGUAUCAAACUCUCUGUCCACAUGCUCUUUAUGAUCUAUCUAGGCUCUUCUAAGAUUUCCCUUUUCUGAAAUUAUGUGAUGUUGUUUUUCUCUCAUGAUGAGUUUUAUUAGGUUCUGUGAAAGAGAAUGAUAAAUUCUUCCUAUGAUGCUUCCGUAGUUUCAUUUUCUACAAUGUUUUAACUCGGAUGGAAUGCAAAUUUCUUGUUUGAGGAAUGUGUGCUUUUCUAGCUUGGUGUUGCUUCAACAGUUCAUAGACUCUGCGUUUAUGGUGGCAAACCAAUGUGGCUUUCUAAGAUUUUCGUGUACCUACUUUAAAGAGACUAGAAAAUGGUAAUAAUAUUUACAGGUUCUGUUAAAUGAUACAAAGUACUAAUAGUUUUUGUAAUAUUUAUUGUUAUCAUAUUGAUCAUUGCUUGAGCUCAUUCUGCACUUUGUGGUACGGAUUGAGUAUUAUAGAACCUCCUUGAUGUAAUAUAGAUGCAGAAUUGGGGGUGUUUUCCCUUUUAAAAGAUAGGAGAGAUUGUCCCUUCUAUGAGCGAUAUACAGAGAAGAUGAGUAUGGUCUCGCAAGAAUGACACGCAUGAAUCGAAAUCGAGUAAAGGAGUAGGAGUCGAGUAUGAAAAAAAAGAGAGAGAGAGAGAGAGAGAGAGAGAGAGAGAGAGGGGGGGACAACAUGAAAAGAGGAAAAAGAUGCUAAAACAAAUGAACAAAGAUGCGUGGAAGAACUAGAAUAAUCUAGAGACUAAAGUAGUUGGAAAAAAGUUAAUGGGAUUUGAUAAGGGAAGUUUAUUGAUGGUACAAUAAAUAUCAUCUAUCUAUAUUUCUAUAUUAGAUACCAGUCAAUUGGGAGAAGUUUUCCUUGAGAUUAAGAUAUUAUUUCCAUGUCAGUAGUAUUUUGGUAGUAUGGUGUAAAGAAGCCAAUUAUUGUGGCUCUUUCAAAACACAUUUGGGAAAAAGAGAAGGAAAAACAUGAAGGGUAACCUGAAUCUGCACUUGUGCAACAUUGUUAUGUGUCAAAUGAGACUGAGAGUGGUCAAAUAUGAAAAGGAGGGGACAGCAUGGAAAAAACAACAAAGAUGCGUUACAACAACUCUAGAAUGAUCCAGAGAGAAAAGGUGUCAAUUCUCGAGGGUUAUCUACUGCAUCGAUAGUGUAGGUACGAGAAAGAAAUGCAACAGAUGAUGCUACUGGUGCCCAAAUGCAGGCCUUCAGCUAUUUGUUGAAGAAAAUUGAUGAUGAUCCGAGGGUUCGUCGUCAUUGAAGAAAGUUAGCACAGGGAGCAAGCAAGUAAUUGAGUACAUCCUACAUCAUCAAUGGAGUUUGAUUCAUCUACUUUUUUUACAUCAUUAAUGGAUCAUGUACUAAGAUUUACAACUACAUUUCAAUAGAAUUUCUUCAGCAGGUUAAUGAGGAACAUAACACACAACGGGUCUGGGAGAAGACAUCCAUUUUCUGGGGCUGGGCAUUCCAUUAUUGAAUACUGUACUAGUUUAUUUUAAAAAGAAGUAGAUUAUUCUCAUUCAAAAGUUUCAGCUCGUUAAACAAAUUUUGCUUUCUAUUUAAAAGUUCGCAUCAAACACAAAAUUCAUUAUCUAUCAAAAGCAUUUGAUGAAUUGAUUAUCAUCUGCGACGUUCUCGGUUCUUGAAGAAAAUCAGGGUCGGAGAAAAAGAGAUGGAGUCAAAUAAGAGAACGACUCCGGACAAGAUAAUGCAGUCCAAGGAAAAGAUAAAAAUGGAGGUGGAGCAAAAGAAGAUGGGAGAAAAGAUAUCUAAGGAAAGGCGCCAUUUUUCUUAUCUCAAACAUGCUACUACUUUAAUUAAGUACUAUAUGGAUAAAUAUCUAUAUUAGAUAGAUACCAGUAAAUCUGCAAUUUUGUUUGUGAGUUGGUGUGAGUUUUUGUUGAUUAUGAGAUAUUAUUUUAACAUAUUGAUCCUAAAUUUUG